AUUUCAUUUUUUUUUUUUUUUUUUUUUAAUAAAUUAUAGAUAAAAGUCGUUUUAUUGAAUUCAUUUCAGUUCAGACAGUUCAGUUAAUAUUCAACCAUCGUUCAAUCAGGUUCUGUUAGUUUUAAUCAAGUUUAAUUCAUUUAAGUUUUUUUAUUUUUUUUUUAUAAAAAAUGAAUUUUCAACAAAUUAACAACAGUUUUUGUUCACUUGUUUCGUUAGUACGAAACAAUGCAUAUCCUACAUAUCCAGAAUUCACUACAUUUAUAUCAAGAUUGAAAACAUUCAAUUUAUUUCCGUUGACUUCAUCUCAAGAUAAAUACUCAUUAGCUGAAAGCGGUUUUAUAUAUUCAGGGAAAAAAGAUAUUGUUGAAUGUUUUUGCUGCGGUAUUAUAUUGCAUCGUUGGGAAAAAGAAGAUAAUCCAUGGAUUGAACAUUCAAGAUGGAAUCCGAAAUGUGUUUUUGUAUUAUUAUCAAAAGGAAAUCAGUUUGUUGAAAAUGUAGUAAAAAAAUAUGGUUCUAUCGAAUUAGGUAGAAAAAAUUGGAAUCAUACCAAAAAACGUUUGAUACAGCUUAUACGUUAAUUAAGUCUGACGUAAAUGGGUUACCAUCAUCUUGUCAACGAAACGAAUUUACAAAUCAAUAUAUUCAAAAUUAUGAUUUCAGCUACAGCAAUAUACAAAGUGAAGAUUGUUCAUUUAUGUACGAGUUAUUACAAUUUCAUUUUAAUUCAUUGUCGAACAUGAUAUUACAAGAUUUAGUGAUGUAAUAUAAAAAAAGUUUCUUAAUUUAUUUUAAUUUAUCGUUC